AUGCUCCUUCAGGCGCUGCUGGUUCUGUCCGCGGUGGUGGUGGCGGUGGCCGCUCCGGACGGCACCGGGAAGGUGGAAGCGCCAUGCGUCGGUAUCGAUCUCGGCACGACAUACUCGGUUGUGGGCGUGUGGCAGAAGGGAGAUGUGCACAUUAUCCCGAACGAUAUGGGCAACAGUAUCACGCCGUCCGUAGUGGCCUUCACGGAGACUG